CCCUGAUUAGGGGCAAAUUAUUUAUUUAUUUAGAUCAAAAAGCCGAGUACCAGAACACAUGCAGAAUUAAUAUAGCGAAAUAACACAAACCAAAAAGGUUUAAAGUCAUCAAUAUUCAACUGCUUUAAGUUUAUUCUCUAAASGGAUGACAAUAGACAAUGACGAAUACGAAACUCUCUCAGUUUUCUUAAUUGGUUGCGAUGGAGGUCAGGGAAUUAUGAACAGCUGAUAUCAAAAAAGCGGGCAAAUCAAUGAGAAACGAAAUUUCAAGGAACGUGUACGUUAAAGGGACUGAAAGUCUAGAAAUUCAAAUUAGCUCUAGCUAAAACCUUUGGAAACAUGGAUCUUACUAAAUUCCUUGCUGUAUUUGUAUGCAUUAUUUCCCACAACAAUUGCGAUGCUCGUGUUCAAAUGAACCAACUCUCAGAAGAGGAGAAUAAUUUGAUUGAGGAAAUUGAUGAAGGAAAAAAAGGCUUGCUGAUGAUACCAAAGAGWCAUACACUCGUCGUACGCCUUCCAUUGCACACUUUGCUUAAAUAUACGGCUUACAAGGAUAUUUCCAUAUUACAUUUUAAGGUUCCUGCUGACACCCGUGCUGCUUUUUUCGCAUUCAAGGCGUAUGAAGAAGGGAAAAGCGUAUUUC